GUGGGUAAAAGAAUUUGAGAAUGACUCAGCAAGACAUUUCAAAACCAAAUCCUUCUACCUGCUUAUUGAACUUGUUCUUUUCAGAUCUGCUCUCUGAUCUAUGAACUGGGUUAGAAGUUUGAGAUCUCUAGUGGCUUCUAAGAAAGCUUCAGCUUUGACAGGAACAUGGAAUCAGACCCAGUACUCCCAUCCUUUUACUCUUAAUUUAAAUUGGAAUUAAUUGAUCAUUAAGAUGGGUAAUUAAGUUGGAAAUAAAUGAUACUUCCUUAAAUUUAGCCUCUAAUUUUUUUUUUUUUUAGACAAAUAUAAAACCUGGUCAAAUCCCCUAACCAAAGACUAGGUCUACCUGUCAAAGGACAUGUGUGUGUGUGUGCGCAAACACUGCAUGUGUGCGCCUGUGAUUACCUUCAUAUUUUCCUCUAGAUUAGACUGUAUGUUGAUGGUAACUCAGAAAAGAGGGGACAUUUAAAAGUUAAAUUAAAAUGUAAAGGCAGCAGAAGAUUUUUUACAAGUCCCAGCUAAAAUGACAGUUCAGGAUUUAGUUGGAAAAGGCAAGGCUCCUAAUCAACAGUCAUUUGGAAAUUUGGGGGAGGAGAAGUCCUCUCACCUAUUUUGGAAACUACUUGCAGAUGUGGGGAAACCUCUGAAUUGCUCACAACAGGGGUUUUGCAGAGAUUUCCUCUGAUUUUUUUUUUUUUUUUUCCUCCUCAAUUUCCCACAGCCUAUGUUUGUCCUGCGUCUGCUAGGCUGACAUGUGGUUUACCUCGCUAAUCCUGCUGCCAGGUUUUACACACUCUCCUCCUAACUAAAACAACUAAAGCCAAAGGAUACUGAGCAACUCCGGGCAUGGGCGCCAGAGCUGUCACAGAAAAUUUGCUUCCCCAGUGUUCCUUCCAACUUCCCUUCCUGAGCCCGCGUGAGCCACAGCUCAGCCCUUGGCGAGGUCUUCGCGUUUCCUGCUGCUGCUGCAAUCUGUAACUGGAUUUUGGAUUAAACAAACAAACAAACAAACAUAAAAACACUGCAGUUCUGAGGAUCGUCUCAGCAAAACUUUGUGGUUGGGGGACUUUUGAAAGCAGUUUCCUUACCUCAGUUGGAGGCCCAGACACUUUCCACCCCUCCCGGCUGCACCGAGGCAAAGGCAGCAAAGGGGAUAGGCAAGCUCCUUGUGUAUUGGGGGGAAGUGGAGGUUUUAGUCAAGUUGUCACCAUCCCUCGCCCACCCCCGGUCUGGCGCUUUCGGCUGGCGCGUACAUCAUCUAUUAACUGCUGUUCGCGGACGCACUGCACGAUAUAUUCAUUUUUAUCUUUAGUAAAUUAUAAAUGGAAUUCUCGGCGCGCUAGUGUCUGUCUGCUCAUGUAGGGCUACCGAAAGGAGGCGGAGAGGAGGCUGUGGCCCGGAUCCUGACCCUGAUUGUAUGAAUAAGUAAGCAGGAUGCAAGUGAUUGGGUUAGAUGCUGUGAAGAAUUUUUUUUUUUUUCAAGUUAGUAAGAGGGUAAAAAGACAGCCUAGGGGGAAAAGGCAAACAGUGCAUCCCCAAAUCCUCCCACUUUCGCUCUUCUCUCAGUCAGUUGCUUUGCUGCUUCUGCGGCUUUUAAGGUCUGGCAGCGAAGGAACGUCUGCCCCCCACCCGCGUCCGCGGUCCCCACUUGCAGCUCAGACGCGUUGAUGUGCAGACUGGGCUCGUCCUCCCAGAGCAGCGCCGGGUCCCGGGUGCCGGGCACGCGCCGGGCCUGAGCCCGGGAACCUGACCCUGGAGCAGCUAAACAGUUGAGCCACGGGAAGGACCGCCGCCGGGAGACAGCCUGGCCGCUCGCCCGCCCGGACCCGCUCCCUACCUGCCCCCGCCCGCCCUCCCGCGGCCCGCCACCUCGCCCGCGCCGGGAGACAGGCCGUCCUGCCCUCUCUCCGCCCGACGGCGCCCCAUGUCCCCGGACACCUGAGCGCCGGCCGCGCCGAGGAGCCUCCCGCGGGGACAGGCGCCCGUGCCCUGCUUCCCUCGCGAGGAAGAUGGGGCUGGAGACGCUUUCCCCUGGGAUGCUUGCGUGGCUGGUGGCCGCAGGGGCUGUCCUCUGCGCUGAGCUGGGGGUCUGCGCCGGCCUCGACUAUGACUACACUUUCGGUGGCAAUGGAGAGGACGAGACGGAGUCGCUGGACUACAAGGACCCGUGCAAAGCUGCUGUGUUUUGGGGUGACAUUGCCUUAGAUGAUGAAGAUUUAAAUAUCUUUCAAAUUGAUAGGACAAUUGACCUUACACAGAACCCCUUUGGAAAAUUUGGACAUUCCACAGGUGGAUUUGGAGACCAUGGUAUAUCAAAGAAAAGAGGGGCCCUCUACCAACUUAUAGACAGAAUAAGAAGAAUUGGCUCUGGCUUGGAGCAAAACAACACAGUUAAAGAAAAAGUACCUCUAAAAUUCUCAGGGCAAAAUGAGAAAAAUCGAGUUCCCAGAGCUGCUACAUCAAGAACUGAAAGAGUAUGGCCUGGAGGUGUCAUUCCUUAUGUUAUAGGAGGCAACUUUACUGGCAGCCAGCGAGCCAUGUUCAAGCAGGCCAUGAGGCACUGGGAAAAACACACGUGUGUGACUUUCAUUGAAAGAAUGGAUGAAGAGAGUUACAUUGUAUUCACAUACAGGCCUUGUGGAUGCUGCUCCUAUGUAGGUCGGCGUGGAAAUGGACCUCAGGCAAUCUCAAUUGGCAAGAACUGUGAUAAAUUUGGAAUUGUUGUUCAUGAAUUGGGCCAUGUAAUAGGCUUUUGGCAUGAACACACACGACCAGAUCGAGAUAAUCAUGUAACUAUCAUAAGAGAAAACAUCCAGCCAGGUCAAGAAUACAAUUUUUUGAAGAUGGAGCCUGGAGAAGUAAACUCACUUGGAGAAAGAUAUGAUUUUGACAGUAUUAUGCACUAUGCCAGGAACACCUUCUCAAGGGGGAUGUUUCUGGAUACCAUUCUCCCCUCUCGUGAUGAUAAUGGCAUACGUCCAGCAAUUGGUCAACGAACCCGUUUAAGCAAAGGAGAUAUUGCACAGGCAAGAAAGCUGUAUAGAUGUCCAGCAUGUGGAGAAACUCUUCAAGAAUCCAAUGGCAAUCUUUCCUCCCCAGGAUUUCCAAAUGGCUACCCUUCUUAUACACACUGCAUCUGGAGAGUUUCUGUGACUGCAGGGGAGAAGAUUGUUUUAAAUUUUACUACCAUGGACCUAUACAAAAGUAGUUUGUGCUGGUAUGACUACAUUGAAGUAAGAGAUGGAUACUGGAGGAAAUCACCUCUCCUUGGUAGAUUCUGUGGGGACAAAUUGCCUGAAGUUCUUACCUCUACAGACAGCAGAAUGUGGAUUGAGUUUCGCAGCAGCAGUAACUGGGUAGGAAAGGGCUUUGCAGCAAUCUAUGAAGCUAUCUGUGGAGGUGAGAUACGUAAAAAUGAAGGACAGAUUCAGUCUCCUAAUUAUCCGGAUGACUAUAGGCCAAUGAAAGAAUGUGUGUGGAAAAUAGCAGUGUCAGAAGACUGUUACGUGGGGCUGACCUUUCAGGCCUUUGAGCAGGAACAUCAGGGGGAUCCAGGUAUGACCCAUAAGCCCAGAGAACCUCAUACCCCCACCUGGAAACAAAUUGAAAGACAUGACAACUGUGCUUAUGACUACCUAGAAGUUCGAGAUGGAAACAGUGAAAAUAGCCCUUUGAUAGGGCGUUUUUGUGGCUAUGAUAAACCUGAAGAUAUCAAAUCUACCUCCAAUACCCUGUGGAUGAAGUUUGUUUCUGAUGGAACUGUGAACAAGGCAGGGUUUGCUGCCAAUUUUUUCAAAGAGGAAGACGAGUGUGCCAAGCCUGACCGUGGAGGCUGUGAGCAGCGCUGUCUGAACACACUGGGCAGUUACCAGUGCUCCUGUGAGCCUGGCUAUGAGCUAGGGCCUGACAAAAGGACCUGUGAAGCGGCUUGCGGUGGACUUCUCACAAAACUGAAUGGUACCAUAACCACUCCAGGCUGGCCCAAAGAAUACCCCCCCAACAAACACUGCGUGUGGCAAGUGGUCGCACCAACACAGUACAGAAUUUCUAUGAAGUUUGAGUUUUUUGAAUUGGAGGGCAAUGAAGUUUGCAAAUAUGAUUAUGUGGAAAUUUGGAGUGGUCUUUCUUCUGAGUCUAAAUUGCAUGGCAAAUUUUGUGGUGCUGAAGUGCCUGAAGUGAUCACAUCCCAGUUCAACAAUAUGAGAAUUGAGUUCAAAUCCGACAAUACUGUAUCCAAGAAGGGGUUCAAAGCACAUUUCUUUUCAGACAAAGAUGAGUGCUCUAAGGAUAAUGGUGGAUGUCAACAUGAGUGCGUCAACACAAUGGGAAGCUACACAUGUCAGUGCCGGAAUGGAUUUGUGCUGCAUGAAAAUAAACAUGAUUGCAAGGAAGCUGAGUGUGAACAGAAGAUUCACAGUCCAAGUGGCUUCAUCACUAGCCCCAACUGGCCAGACAAAUACCCAAGCAGGAAGGAAUGCACAUGGGAAAUCAGUGCCACACCUGGUCAUCGAGUCAAAUUAGCCUUUAGUGAGUUUGAGAUUGAGCAGCAUCAAGAAUGUGCUUAUGAUCACUUGGAAGUAUUUGAUGGAGAAACAGAAAAAUCACCCAUUCUUGGACGACUGUGUGGGAACAAGAUACCAGAGCCCAUUGUGGCUACUGGAAAUAAGAUGUUUGUUCGGUUUGUUUCUGAUGCAUCUGUUCAAAGAAAAGGCUUUCAAGCCACACAUUCUACAGAAUGUGGUGGCAGACUGAAAGCAGAAUCAAAACCAGGAGAUCUGUAUUCUCAUGCUCAGUUUGGUGACAACAACUACCCAGGACAAGUUGACUGUGAAUGGGUGUUAGUGUCAGAACGGGGCUCUCGACUCGAGUUAUCCUUCCAGAUUUUUGAAGUGGAAGAAGAAGCUGACUGUGGCUAUGACUAUGUUGAGCUCUUUGACGGUCUCAAUUCAACAGCAGUGGGGCUUGGUCGAUUCUGUGGAUCAGGGCCACCAGAAGAGAUCAAUUCAAUUGGUGAUACUGUUUUAAUUCAUUUUCACACUGAUGACACAAUCAGCAAGAAAGGAUUUCAUAUAAGAUACAAAAGCAUCAGCUAUCCAGAUACUACGCAUACCAAAAAAUAACACCAAAAUCUCCAUCAGAACAUAAAGAGAUGUGCAUAAUGGAGAGAAGAUGUAUUUCUUUUUUAAAUGAAGAUUUUAGCACAAAUGUUUUAUAUAAUGAAUUUGAACAGAAGAAAACUACAAGACCAGAAUUAUCUUUGUAUCAAAAGAGAAGUUUCCUGCUAACCGUGAUCAGCAUUGCCAGGAUAUCUGAACUCUGUUCUUGAUGGUAUAAAUAUAAAUAAAGCUUGUGAAAGCAUCUCAUGCUUCAGUGAAGACCACAAUCUUUUCUUCACAGCUCAACACAGAUGCUUCACAAUUCAGACAGUUCCGCUCAGGGUCUGUGACCCUGCAGAGUGUUCUUUUUGACAAUUUUUCAGUAUAUGGAAGAAAUAAAAUUAUCUUGCAGGUGAAAAACUGGAAAACCCUCUCCCCAUACCUUAGGAUAAUUGCUUUGACUUUGUAUCUUGAAGACAAUGUAAACCAGAUCCAUUUAAGGUCUUGUGAAAUGGGAGUCUUUUGAGAGUUGUUUAUACUUUAAAUGUGGGUGUGUCCAAUGUUUGUAAACUGGAAUAUUUCAGCUUCAUUGUUUUUACUUGCAGGCUAAAUUAACCUCUUUGAAAUGUAAAGGAUCUUGAGACCACUUCGUUUUACUGAGAUUUCAACCAGUUUGAAAUGUCAAUAGUGUCUAUUGCAGUUCACUCUAGACAUCAUUUAUUUAAGUGCUGGAAAAUGCACAGUUAAUUGGUAAACUCAGUUCUUUCAGUGAAAGUGCUGCCUUUUCACACCAAAUCCAGGAAGCCACGUAAUAUCUUAUGAACUUGAUGAAAAAACUCCCAACCGGUGUGAACAGGAUUCUUCUAAGUGACUGCCUGGAUGGUUCAUACUCAAGUUCCACUGCUGCUAUUGUUUCUUUUAUUGUUGAUCUUUUAUCAUUGUUAUUAUUGAUAUUUUCAUGGUAAAUGUCGUAUUCUCUAAAAAAUGAAAUGAAAUGAAUUGGCAAUAGGCCUUGUAAGAACUGAAAGAUCUCUUUCUUUCUCUUCCUAGGAAUCAGUUUUUUAAAUAUGCAGUAUUGGGAGUUCGCAUUGUGGCACAGCGGAAACCAAUCUGACCAGUAACCAUGAGGUUGCAGGUUCGAUCCCUGACCUUGCUCAGUGGUUAAAGAUCCAGAAGUGCCAUGAGCUGUGGUGUAGUUUGCAGAUGAGGCUCAGAUCCUGCAUUGCUUUGGCUGUGGUGUAGGCCAGCAGCUGUAGUUCCGAUUUGACCCCUAGCCUGGGAACCUCCAUAUGCCAUGGGUGUGGCCCUAAAAAGCAAUGUUGAAAAAAAAAAAAGGGAUUUGUUUUUGAAAAACUUUCUAUGGUGCUAUUCCAUAAACAUUUCUUUUUUUUAAACAAAGUUUUUGACCUUUGAGCCAACCUGUAGGCUAUGAACAUCUCUGGCUGGUAGCACUUGAAGACUUAAGACUUGUUACAUGUAUCAAGAGUAUAUCAUUGCAAGGGCAGCACUUGUCCUGUUGAACAACUGCUUAUAAUGCCUUAGAAUUCUUUCACAUGAUCAAACAGAUCCUCCUAAGAGACAUACCUUUUGAAAAGCUGAACAUAAUAGUGUGUGGUAAUUAGCAUCUCUAUGAGGAAAAUUCAUUUCCGUUUCUGUGGCUGAGAGCAUUGGAUAUAAAUAUGGUGACCUGCUUUUAUUGUAGAAAAUGAAUUUUCCGCUUUAAAGCCAGCUGCUGUGUUUUUUUUUUAUAUAAUAUAUAUUAAUGUAUAUAUAUGUGAGAUUGAGUGAGUGAAGCUAUAAGAAGGUGAAAAGCUGUGGGUGGUUAAAAAAUUUAAAUUUAUGUGCCAAGUUCUACUAGAAUCCUGUUUGAAGUAGCACCUUCCUUAGGAUGUUUCAUGGACAAAUAAUGGGAACUUUUAAUUAUUAUCAACCCCAUUUUAAAAAAGGCGCAUUCAUUUAGAGAAACUCUAUUUUGAUAUUUUUUGAUGCUGAUGUUGGUAUAGAUUGCUAUAUGAAGUAGGUUUGGUUCUGUUACCUGUCCAUGAACAUUCAACAUUUAAUAAAAUUGAGAAUUUUUCUUUAUUUUACAAAAUUAAACUAUACACACAGAUUUAGCUUGUUUUCUUGUCAUCCGUCACCUUGAAAAAUCUUUUCUUGCUUAUGUAAAUACAUUUUUAAAACCAAUCUUUUGAUCUUAUUGAAUCUUACUUUGGGAAUGCAUAACUGAUGCUUGCAAUAUAAUGAGAUUUUUAGUGGAGCUGAUUUAUUCUGGUAACUUCUCCUAUAUCUUUUUCACUAAUCUUCAAUUAGCCAAAAUACUGGGAAUGAGAGGAAUAAAAACCAUUAACACCUAAGGCACUUCACUGUGCCCAGUCCAGUAUACUAGUUUUAAACUUUUAUACCACCCUUGAAAAACCGUGGUAAUGGUCUCAUUUUGUAAUUUAUGAACUGAGGCUCAAAGAAGGUAUAUAAAUUUCCCAGGGUUAUAGUGUUUAAACCCAGAUUAUCUGAUACAAAAAUCUGCUUGUUCUACAAAAUGUAAUAGAAUCAAUAUUGAUUUUUUUAUGUAGGUAUAUUUUUAUGAUGAAACUUCACUUAAAGUCAGUUUUAGAGGUGAAUUAGAGUAAAACUUUCAGGAUAGACAUUGUUCCUUUCAGUACUAGCAUGACAAUUCAAAUACCAACUGUAGAUACUUUAAGAACCAUAAUGCUAUAAACUAAAAAAAAAAAAAAAAAAAAGCCUACUCUGAAUUUUGGAGUUA